CGGUCCAGCACGGGACCAGGUGGAAGGUUCCUACAGAGCAGCCUGGCUUUCCUGGGCCGUCGGUGCUUCCUGGAGUUCCAUGGAAAAUGAGAGGCCUCCCGAUCCCGCAGACUGGGCUGUGAUGGACGUUGUCAAUUAUUUCCGCACGGCGGGAUUUGAGGAGCAAGCCGGUGCAUUUCAGGAACAGGAAAUUGAUGGAAAAUCCCUGCUCUUGAUGACGAGAAAUGACGUGUUGACGGGACUUCAGUUAAAACUGGGGCCUGCUCUGAAAAUCUAUGAGUAUCAUGUAAAACCUCUUCAGACCAAGCAUUUAAAGAACAUCUCUUCAUAGUAAAAUCACACUGAGGUCUCAGUCCUCAGAACAAAAUACACAGUGUUGUAAUUUAGUUUUAUGUUGUAAAAUUCUGCAAACAGAAUAGCUAGACGUGUAUAUGUAAAUCCAGCAAAGUGUUAUCCUGUUGGAUAGAUGAGGCAGUCCAUCCACUGGCCUGAUUCUGUCUGGAAGAGCAAAAACAGAGCGGACAUAAGAUGGCUGUCGAUGACUCUUAGGUACUCCUCCACUCAGGGGCUUUGGUGUUAUAAGAACUUCCUUUGUUUCAUCAUAGUGUUUUCCAUCAACCCCGUUUUAAAAAAGGGUGGGAGUGGAAUGUGUGUCCCUGGAUUAUAGGCUUGGAAAUGGGAAUAAACAAAAUUCCCUGGGGAGGGGAGGAGCGAGGAGGAUUGCUGUCUCCCUGGAAUCGCUCUGCUCCUAGACAUCUGUGCCUUGGAUGGUGCUGCCAACACCCUUUUUCUGUAGAGGGUUCUCCACUUGGCCUUGCUAAGGUUUCACCAGGAUGUGCCAUGCUGUGUUUGAGUGGAACAGACACCAGGACCCCCUUCAGGAGCAGAACUCUCUCUGAGAGGAGACACUGGUUUUGUACUGGAGAUAUCUGCUGUAAUCAACUCACUGUCACGGGGUUAAGAAUAUUUCCUGCUCACGUCGGUUCCUUAUUGCUGAAGAAAGCAUUUAGUGUUUUGUUGUUAUUUUGCUUAUUUUUUUAUGGUUUGUAUUUAUAAUAAUUUCUUUUUGAAGCAAUUUGCCAAGAGUUAAUAGAUGAUCUCAAAGUUUUGUUGAUAGCACAGAAUAUUUUUAUAUAAUAUAUAUAUAUAGCCUUCCAUGAUGCUGGAAUAGUUUUUUUCUUUAGCUGUCCUCUGCUGUGUCUGGUCCCUGGUUUGAGUACCUGUCUUCCAGAACUUGAGAAAGUAGGCUUGCUACAUCUCUGUUCCAAGAGACACUCACUGAGUAAUGUAUGUCCAUGCCUCGUGGAGUUGGUGCUUGGUGAUGGCAAUAAAACACGGUUUCAGUUCACCA